AGUGGGCAGCCGGCGUCCCCCGGCGGUGUCGCGAUGGUAGCGGCGCAGCUUCCGCGUGGGGAUCCCCGGGCUCAGCUUAGCGAGCGGGACAGCGGCAGCAAUGGCUUAUCCUGGAUACGGGGCGCAAUUUUCUCAGUACGGAGGUGCACCAGGAGGUCCCGGUGGUGCAGGUUUUCCUGGAGCUGGCGGUCAGGGAUAUCCCGGAGCUGGAGGUGGAGGUUACGCAGCAUUUGCAAGCCAACAGCAGGAUCCACUCUAUGGAUACUUUGCCGCAGUGGCUGGUCAGGAUGGUCACAUAGAUGCUGAAGAACUUCAGAGAUGUCUUUCUCAAUCUGGCAUCAGUGGCAACUACAAACCAUUCAGCAUGGAGACCUGCAGGCUAAUGCUUUCCAUGUUAGAUCGAGACAUGUCUGGCACUAUGGGGUUUGCAGAGUUCAAAGAGCUGUGGACAGUGCUGACUAACUGGCGGCAGAAUUUUGCUUCUUUUGACAGGGACAGGAGUGGAACAGUGGAGCCCCAGGAGUUACAGCAAGCUAUUACUGCCAUGGGCUACAGAUUAUCUCCGCAAUGUUUGAAUGGAAUUAUAAAGAGAUAUAGCACCCAUGGGAAAAUCUCAUUUGAUGACUAUGUGGCCUGUUGUGUGAGACUCAGGGCUCUGACUGAUGCCUUCAGAAGAAGAGAUGCUGCUCAGCAAGGUGUUGCUAAUAUUGCCUAUGAUGAUUUCAUUUUGUGCACCAUGUGUAUUUAACUGAACCAAGACUGCAAAGAAAACUAAACUUCACAAGAGCCUGACCUCCACUUCUUGAGUGCCCAGUCUAAUAGGUAGUCACAAUGUUAUGCAAUGUCAUACAGAAUAUAUAAAAAGAGAAGUGCAUGAAGAUGGAAUGUUUGUGUUGGCUAAUUAUAUAAUGCUGCACCAGGUAACAGCUGUGAAAUUAGUUAUAACAUUUUAAUUAUGGAUAUUGAUUUUUGUACUGAAUUCUGCCAAAUAAUGCUUGAUUUGAUAAACAUUUUGCAAGCUUAUAAAACUAUUAAAAAAUGUAGAUUUCCAUAAUGAUGAUAAUCAAAUUAAAACACUUAAGUUGCACAAA